ACAUAUGCGGCGGUGACAACUCGCCUCAAUGGGUGAUGCAGCAUGUCUGCGCAGCCCCCACUGUCCGAGGCACAGGACCCCAACGGACGGCAGCGGUCUGCUUCCAACAACAACGCUGGCGCUGUCCGCAAUGCAGUCGACGGUGAAGAGGAAGAUGUGGGGGCGGAGGAGGAGGUCGACGACGACGAUGACGAGCCCAAGCUAAAGUACGCGAAGCUGACGGGGACUCUGGCCAACGUGUAUCGGAAUGGCGACCUCACGACUGCGUUUGGCGUCUGGGGAGACAAAAUGGUCGUUGGAACGGCGAAUGGAAGCGUACACGUGCUAGCUGUACCUACGCUGCAAAGUUUAAGGACGUACAAGGCGCACUCGGCCAGUGUCACCAGUGUCGCUGUCUCGCCAGUGCCUCCUCCGCCUGUCCUCGUACAGUCGAAGGACGGCUCAGCUUCUCUGUUCCAGGCGCCUAUACCUGCGGAGAAGAAGCUGGCUGGCCCUUCACGAUCAGGGACAUAUACAGCCUCUCCACGAGCAGCGCAGCGCGCUCAACAGUCGCCUGUGCCAAAUACCCCGAAUAACCAGAUUUAUAUAGCCACUUCAUCGCAGGAUGGCCAUGUCUGCAUACAGUCUCUCAUCGAUCCCCAGGACGUCCAGCUCCGGAACUUUGCUCGACCACUCAAUGCUGUAGCGCUCUCCCCCGAAUACAAGAAUGAUCGAACAUAUCUCUCUGGUGGGCUAGCUGGAAAGUUGGUAUUGACAGUAGGCGGCAAGUCGGGCGUCAGCAUAGAUGCAAACACGAACAGUGCCGCCGCAGCAGCAUCGGGAUGGCUCGGCUCGAUUGGUCUAGGAGCUAAUACUGGAACCGACACGAGCCUACACUCUGGCGAGGGAGCGAUCAGCACCAUCAAAUGGAGUUUGAGUGGAAAGUGGGUGGUCUGGGUGAACGAAGAGGGCAUCAAGAUCAUGCGAAGCCAUCUCAAGCUGGGCAGCGAGAACCAGGAAGACGCAUGGAAACGAAUCGCCCACGCAGCAAGGCCCAAUCGCAGAUCAUGGGAGGAUAUGGCUGGCGUGUGGAAAGGAAGAUGCGAGUGGAUUGACGACAAUGGUCUGGAAAGUGAUGACCUAGCCACGGGGCGAGGAGACGAAGAGAAAGCGAAAGGUGUCAAUGGGACAACUGCGCUGAGUAAAGACAAGAAAAUCGAAAGACUGGUCGUCGGCUGGGGAGACACCGCUUGGAUACUGCACGUACAAUGCGGAAGCUCUGUGCCUUCUUCCCCGAACGCGAAGAGGCAGGUCGGAAGUGCGGACAUAAUACACAAGAUGCAGUUUAGGGAUUGUAUCAUCUCUGGCAUCAGCCUGUACACGCCUUCUCUACUGGCGAUUCUGGCGUACCGAACGAGAGACGACGACGACAAGCCGAUCAUGCAAGCUCCACUCACCCACGACAGGUCUGACACGCCUACCAAGUCCGGUCGUCAGCAUCGUCACACCAGUCUUGCACCACACCUCCGCCUGGUCAAUGUGACAGACGGGGAAGAAGUAGAGCUCGAUGAGUUGGCUGUAGCUCGUUACGAAUCUCUUUCUGCGCAGGACUACCACCUUGGAACACUGUACAUGCCACCUCCACUUCCUGAGAAAGCGACGCGGGAAGAGCGAGGCAAGCUGGGAGAACUAUGGAAUGCCACGCGCGAUGUUGCAGCUACCAGUGGAGGUUAUGCCACGCGGAUCUUCUCAUCGAGCGCCAGUGUCUUCAGUGGAGGGAGUGGUGAUCGGGAUGCAAACGGGAGAGCCAUGUCGUUCGCCUCUACUGGCCGCCAAGGCUCUGGCAUGGACGUCACUUCCACCCCCGCUCUCACACGAAAUGUCGAUGCUCACCCGUACUCUCUCGAGCCCGGUCUGAAGCUGUUCAUCCAUAGCCCCUUUGAUUGUGUGCUGGCUGUCAAGCGAGAGCUGUCCGACCAUCUUGAAUGGCUGCUUGAGCAUCAACGGUACGGCGAUGCCUGGCAAUUGAUUGACGAGAAUCCCGAGGCUGUCGACACCUCCACAACAGAUUCGCAGUCAUUCAGCUCCACGCCCAGCACUCCGAACAAGACGGGUACGAACCAAAGUUUAGCAGACUUUUUCGGAUCCGACUCGAGCUCACAGGCAACUGGGGUGACACAUGCACUGCGUGCUCACAACUCGGCACCGCAAAGAGAAAAGCGGCGCAUUGGCGAUCUUUGGCUGCAGCAACUAGUGGCAGCAGAUGAAUGGGAGCGUGCGGGCGAAGUCGCGGGCAAGGUUCUAGGUACCAGCAGUCGGUGGGAGCACUGGGUGUGGACAUUCGCCCAGGCCAACAGGUUCGAUGAGAUUACGCCUUACAUUCCAUCCACGACGCUGAAGCCUUCUCUGCCCAGCUUGGUAUAUGAAGUAUGCCUUGCGAACUACAUCGUCAAGGAUGUGCCUCGUCUGACCGAUCUGCUCGACAAGUGGGACCCGGAGCUCUUCGACGUACGAAGUGUCAUUAGUGCCAUUGAGGACCGUCUUGACAGUGGUGAGGUAACACAAGACACGAAACAAGAUGGCGAGAAAGGACGGGACUGGCGAGUCUUGAUGGAUGCACUGGCCCGGCUCUAUAUCGCAGAUAAUCGCGCCGUCGAUGCAUUACGAUGCUAUAUUGCGCUGCAAGAUGCAGAAAAGGCGUUCAGUCUAAUGAGAGAAGAAAAGCUUCUCGAUUCUGUUGCUGAUGAUAUACCUGGACUGUUGAUGCUGCGUGUCAGUAGAGAACAGAUACGAUCUGCGCCACUGACAGAGCUCGAGGAAGCCAGCACAGAAGCAGUCCAAUUACUGGUCGAGGAAGCCUACCGCGGAACGAUUCCCACCACGCAGGUCGUGGCGCAGCUGCAACAGAAAGGCGACCACUUUCAGCCCUUCCUCUUCUUCUAUUUCCGCGCUCUCUGGAAUGGCAUCUCUUCGCCGGCCAACUCCAGCACCACUCCACGCCGAAAGUUCGAUCGCCGAAUAGACGAGGGCCACAUGCUCGUCAAUGACCACGCCGACCUCGCCAUUCGACUUUUCGCAGAGUACGAUCGUGAGCUUCUUCUCAUCUUCCUCAAGUCCUCCGAAGUCUACAGCUUCGACAAAGCGGCCGAAAUAUGUGAACGAAGGCACUACAUUCCCGAACUAGUGCAUAUCCUCAGCCAAACUGGUCAAACCGGCAAAGCUCUACAAUUAAUCAUUGGCGAAUUGGGUGAUGUCGCACAAGCUAUUGCGUUUGCAAAAGAACAUCCAGAUCUCUGGAACGACCUGUUGGACUUUAGUAUGGGCAAACCUUCCUUCAUUCGUGGACUUCUAGAAGAGGUUGGUGCAGCAGCAGCUUUCGAUCCUAUCGAUGUCGUCCGACGCAUCCCCGAGGGCUUAGAGAUUCCCGGAUUGAAAAGUGGCAUUCAGCGUCUCGUGCGAGAAUUUGAAAUUCAGCUCUCCAUAUCUGAAGGCGUGGCGAGAGUGCUUCGAGGUGAAGUCAGUAUGGGCAUGGAUACCCUUCGCGCAGGGAGGAAAAAGGCCGUGAGAUUCGAGGUCAAGCAUGAGAGUGCUAAGGAAGUCAAUCUUGCCGUCGUGGAUCCUCCGACACAAGUUGGUCCUGAUGAAGAGCUGCUGCCAGUACCAAAGAAUCGCCUCACGAAUACGAAGAAGAGUGAAGUGGCUCAACGGCCCACGAGACCGGGACAUUGCGUUGGAUGUGAUGAUAGAAUUGCAGCUCUAUAUGAACGAGUGAACGCCUAUCUAUCGACUGAGUACGAAGUCGUUGGCAGUAUAUCGAGGUACUGUAGACAGGCAAGUAAGUAA